CUGGCGGGGCGGGUAAGGGUUUGCCCGGCACAAUCGGGGCUUUGUUGGGCGGACACAGGGCUGCCUGUGUGAGCCGCUGCUGCCCGGCUCGCCUGGGGGGGGGAUGGCGAGCGCAGUUGUGUGGUAGAAAAGCACAAUCCGAGGUCAGCAAAAACGCCAGCGGUUUAAAGUUGGUGCCGAUGCGCCCCUGAGCGUAGUUAAUUUGUAGAAGAAACAGCUCUGCACGUAGCCGGGACGUGGAAAAGUCCCGGGCACGCCAUGGAUACCACCGGCCACAGCGUCCUCCUCCUCCAGCAGCUGAACAUGCAGCGGGAGUUCGGCUUUCUGUGCGACUGCACAGUUGCCAUUGGAGAUGUUUACUUCAAGGCCCACAGAGCGGUGCUGGCUGCUUUUUCAAACUAUUUUAAGAUGAUAUUUAUUCAUCAGACGAGCGAAUGCAUAAAGAUUCAGCCUGCAGACAUCCAGCCUGACAUAUUUAGUUACUUGUUGCAUAUCAUGUACACCGGGAAAGGGCCAAAGCAGACAGUCAGCCAGAGCCGACUGGAGGAGGGCAUCCGCUUUCUCCACGCAGACCACCUCUCCCAUAUCGCUGUCGAGAUGAACCAAGUCUUCUCCCCAGAGCCGGUCCAGUCUUCAAACUUGUAUGGCAUCCAGAUCUCCACCACACACAAACCGGGCAGAGAAUGCCUGGGAGCAAAGGAGAGCCUGCCCAAGGUGGGCAGCGGGUCUGCUGCCCAGGGUGAUCACCCCCAGCUGCAGCUCUCCCUGGCCAUCGGCCUGGAUGAUAGCUCCCUUGACCCGCAGGUCGCUCGCCCCUCAGCUCAGCCCGCUGCUCUCACCAAGCCGGCAGAAGAGCAUCCGAAGCUCUCAGUCUCCGUAAAGCAGGAGCGGUGUGACUCGGAGCCUGUGGUGUCCCAGAGCUGCACCCCUCUUUCUCCAGAGGUAGCAAGCCCCAUCUUUGCUAAGGCCAGCCUCAGGGUGCACUUGUGUCACUACUGCGGGGAGCGUUUCGACUCCCGGGGGGGGCUGCGGCAGCACUUGCACACCCACGUCUCGGGCUCGCUGCCGUUCGGCGUGCCGGCCUCCAUCCUGGAGAGCAGCGACCUGGGGGAGGUGCAGCCUCUGGCUGAGGACAGGGAGGCUGGGGAUGGCCACCAGCUCGGGGCCUUCCUCCUCAAGGAGGACGAGCAUCAACUGGAGCAUCCGAGCUGCAGCGACCUGGAGCCUCUGCAGAUCAGCCAGCUCUCCCUCAUCUCCAAGGACCACGAACCAGUGGAGUUGAACUGUAACUUUUCUUUCUCAAGAAAGAGGAAAAUCAGUUGCACCGUCUGUGGCCGCGCAUUUUUCCGGAAGAGCCAGUUGCUGGAACACAUGUACACGCACAGAGGGAAGCAGCACAAAUACAGCCGCUGCCAGCGGCUGGAGAGCCCCACGACCCCCAGGUUUCGUCCCUACUGCGACAGUGAGAGUGUGGGGAAAAGCUCCAGUUUAUCCCAAGACCACUUAGAUGAAUGUAUACUGGAGUCAGAUCUCAUCCAAGAAAGCAUUGAUACCAUCCUGGUAGAGUAGUUUUUGUAGCCUUUAGGUGCUGAAACUGGGUAAUUUGGUGUUUUCCACCUAGUGAGUGGCUGCUCUCUGCAGCUGGUUGUCUUCAUCAUUCCCGUCGCCUCUGAGAUAACUGUGAAGAACUGCACACUGAAGAGUUGUGUACUUGCUUUUUUUUACUUCUCUAUCUUAAGCUUAUUCCCAUCUAAGUCCUUCUUAGAAGCCUCUUUUUUGUAAGUGUAAACUUGUUCCUGCUCUGCUUUACUGGAGUGUAAAGACUGUAUUGCUGGGUGUAAGGUUUAGACAUCGUGUAAUAUGCUGUGCAGGGCCUAGGACUGUUUGUGUCCCAUAGAAUUGCUGUUCCAAAAGUAGAUGGAGGGAAAUGUAGAGGGAAAUAUGUACUGUGUUUCCCAAAUAGUUUGGUUUUGAUAAAAAGCAAUCUCAAGGAGAUGAAUACUGACGUUUAUGUUGUAUAACUGCAAUUAAUAAAUCUAUGCAUAAAUACAUGCGAGAGCCAUAAGGCUGGUCUUUUCAAGGGAACUGUUGGUGUUGGUGUAGGGGUGGCAACCUUUGCUUCUACAAGUCCUGGAAUCCUCAUCAGUACAGUAUUUUAAAUUUACUUUUCCAAGGGGCUUGCAUAUGUUUUUCCUCAUUCGUACUCCUCCUUUGUCAACUCCUCCUUUGUCAACUGUCUCUGCAUGAGCAGAGACAAAUUUUGAUGCCCCUCUAUGAAGAUGUCUUAUUGUACUAUCUUCUCUGCAAGGAAGAAUGAAAGAUGCAAAGAUUUGUCCUCUCCUCUCAGAGACAAGGCACAUCCUAACCUAAGUCUUUACAGGAUUAAAUAUCACACAUGGAUUUUCUCAGUGAACACUAUUUUUUACUCUGUAAAUAGCUUGGAUUGGACACAUUAUUAAAUAUUAUAAUCUUGCUAAAAGCAAAUAAUGUGU